UUUGAUCCCUUGAGAAGGGACAAAUCAGUGGGGAAUCUGAAUUCUCCAUUCCCCUGAUUUCCUACUCAUCUUAAAAUAGUAUUCCCUGGAUUUUAAUUCUCAUCGUCAUCUUUCAUUUUCCAUUUCCUUCACAAGCUCUGCAUGUAACUUCACUGACAACCAUUGCCAACUGGUUUUAGAUCUUUAAUUAUGAGACAUCCCAAUAUUUGCUCAUACCAUUUCUUCUCCUCUUUUUUGGGUAACAUCAUUUGGUGUCAGUGCUUUGCACAUUAGAUCACAGUCCCCAUUGGGUGGAUCACAGGGUCAUAGGAGAGGCGACAUCAAAGACUUUCCUCAGAUCCAACGGUGAGGAAAUGGGCUGUGACCCCAAAUGGUCAAGUCACGUGACGAUAACCCUUUGAUUCGCCAUCGCCAGAGCAUUUGCAAGUGUGCGUUAGAUGCCCAUGGGAGGAAGCGGCUCGGCCACCCACUACAUGGUAGUUCCCGAUGCUAUCGUGCGCACGUAGGCACCCUGUGCACUGUCCGUCCCACCUCACACACCACCGAGUCGCCGACUGUCUUCCUCUUAUAGACCCCCUCUUGCCCAAAACUCCCUAUUGAUUGCAAUCCGACCUUGUUGAACUUUCAUCCGCAAUCCUCGAUCUUAGAGGUAAAUUCAAAGUUGGCAUUUUGGGUUGGUGGUGAAACGUUGAGGCUUUAUUUUGCAUGGGAAGAGAAUGCCAGAUUUGCGAAGUGGAGUUCGCCGAUCAAAGAGGGUCAAUAAUGCACAGGAGAAUGCUGCUGUUUUAGUCCCAACUGCUCGGCGUGCUGCGGGAAGGGGUAAUGGCUCCAAGGCUCCAAUAGUAAAAACACCUCCAAGUAAUCCUGUUAAUCCGGUGGAUCUACAUCCAAGGCCAAGGCCAGUUGGUAGAGGUAGAGGGGCUAGAGCAAUGAAUCAAGAUAAGAAUGCUGAGUUUCUUGGUGCUGGGUUUGGUGGGCAAGGGCGCACAGGCUUGGACUUAGCUGCAGGAGAGGCCAUUCAUAAUCGCAAUGAGUUGGUUGCAGAGAAAGGUGCUGAAAAAAUUGCUGCUGUUGAGGAGGAAGGCAGCACGGGUCCACUUCCUGAGAGGGUACAGCUUGGCAAUUCACCGCUCUACAAGUUAGAUAGAAAGCUGGGCAAAGGGGGGUUUGGGCAAGUUUAUGUUGGAAGAAGGGUGACUGGUGGCGUAGGAUGCACUGGCCCAGAUGCUUUUGAGGUUGCUUUGAAGUUUGAGCAUCGAAAUAGUAAAGGGUGCAGUUAUGGUCCUCCUUUUGAGUGGCAAGUUUACAGCACUCUUAAUGGUUGCUAUGGGCUUCCCUUGGUCCAUUAUAAAGGUCGACAAGGAGAUUACUAUGUACUUGUCAUGGACAUGCUGGGCCCUAGUCUAUGGGAUGUUUGGAACUCUAACAAUCAGAUGCUGUCAGAAGAGAUGGUUGCUUGUAUAGCAAUGGAGGCAAUAUCAAUAUUAGAGCAGCUUCAUUUUAGAGGUUUUGUGCAUGGAGACGUAAAACCAGAGAACUUUUUGCUUGGUCAACCCGGAACAGUGAAUGAGAAGAAGUUGUUUUUGGUUGAUCUUGGUUUAGCUUCGAGGUGGAGGGAUGCAUCUUCUGGUCGUCAUGUUGACUAUGACCAAAAGCCUGAUGUUUUCAGGGGAACUGUACGGUAUGCUAGCGUACAUGCUCAUUUGGGUAGAACAGGAAGCCGAAGGGAUGAUCUUGAGUCAUUAGCUUACACUCUAAUAUUUCUCCUGAGAGGAAAGCUUCCUUGGCAAGGUUUUGUUGGAGAAAACAAAGGAUUUCUUGUUUGUAAGAAGAAGAUGGCAACUUCUCCUGAGAUUCUUUGUGGCUUUUGUCCACCUCCGUUUCAACAAUUUCUUGAGAUGGUAACCAACAUGAGAUUUGAUGAAGAACCUAAGUACUCCACGCUCAUUUCUCUUUUCAACAAUAGUGUAGGUUCUAAUGCAUUACUGCGACCAAUCAGCAUAGAUGGAGCUCUAAAGGUGGGUCAGAAGAGGGGAAGGUUGAUUGUUGAGGUGGAUGACGAAGGCCAACCUAGGAAGAAAGUUCGAAUAGGUACCACGGCUACUCAAUGGAUCUCAGUUUAUAAUUCGAGACCGGCGAUGAAGCAGAGAUACCACUUCAAUGUAAUGGAUUCAAGAGUUCACCAGCAUGCGGAGAAAGGAAAAGAAGAUGGCUUGUUCAUUAGUUGUGUAGCUUCUGCAACAAAUUUGUGGGCCAUCGUUAUGGAUGCAGGGACAGGAUUCACAUCUCAGGUUUAUGAGCUGUCCCCUUUUUUCCUGCACAAGGACUGGAUUAUGGAACAGUGGGACAAAAAUUAUUAUAUCAGUUCAAUUGCUGGUGCACUUAAUGGCAGCGCCUUGGUGGUAAUGUCCAGGGGCAUGCCUUACACUCAACAGUCCUACAAAGUUAGUGAUGUAUUUCCUUUCAAAUGGAUCAAUAAGAAGUGGAAGGAAGGUUUCUUUGUUACCUCCAUGACUACUGCAGGGAGCAGAUGGGGCAUCGUAAUGUCUAGAAAUGCAGGUUUUUCUAAUCAGGUUGUUGAACUUGAUUUUCUUUACCCAAGUGAAGGGAUCCAUAGAAGAUGGGAAAGUGGAUAUCGGAUUACCUCUACCGCUGCAACAGCAGAUCAAGCUGCAUUUAUACUCAGUUCAUUUUCAUCAAAGAGAAAAUCACUAGAUGUGACGCAAGAAACUCUACGAACAUCUGCCUUUCCUAGUACCCAUGUUAAGGAUAAGUGGUCAAAGAAUUUGUAUAUUGCGUCCAUAUGUUAUGGUAGAACAGUGUCUUGAAGACUGAAAUGGGAGCGCAGAGAGAACAGACUGCUUGCAGGUUAGAGUCAGGUUGGUGGUUUGCCUGAACGUGUCUCUGGCCAUCUGAUUCUAAGCAACAUAUAGGAUUGGGAACACAUAAUCGGCAGGGUAUGUGUGGGCAAAUUACUUAUUCAGAGGAUGGUUUCUUGUAUUGAUUGUAGAGAAGCUCCGCGUGACUGUGGCGAAGUGACAACCUAUCAAUAAUAGACCGUUUUUGAAUAGGGUUGCAGUCUAGAACCUGGAAAGUUUGUGAGAUUCUCAUAGAAUGGGAGAUCAGACAUGUUUUUUCACUUCAGUUUGGUAUGGGAGGGAAUCUUGGAUCACUGGUCUGAAAAGUGUGACUUCGCAGAUCUAGAAGCAGUUCAUCUUGAAAGUGCUUGUGCCAUUUCCUGGGGCAAACCACGAGGAAUUUCAAUCCACAAAGGUAUUUUCAUUAUCUCAUGCAGUAGCUGUGUACAAAUGGGGAACUGUAUCUAUUGUUAAUGGUUAAAGUAACUUCAUUAUAAUGGAGUGUUUCACACAACCCAUUGCCCAUUGCUUGGGAUUUGAAAUAGGUUUAUCCUUGUGUUCAACAAAACAGUGAAAGUCAUUGAACAAAUGUAAACUUCUCUCUCUCUCUCUCUCUCUCUCUCUCUCUCUCUCUGCUGGAAAUCGUUGUAUUGUCUUCUUUGGUGCUGUUGUAAUAUUCUUAUUAAUGUGAAGCAAAAGCAAACCUGUGAUCCUUUUUGGGCAGGAAGAGACGCUUUCAUUCA